CAGGCGCGGAGGGGGAGACGGUCCCAAGAUGGCGGCGCUGCAGGCGGAGCGCGGGUACGGGCUGUCCUGCGGCCGCCUCGGCCGCGGCACCCGCGUCUCCGUCUUCCACGUCAAGCUCACGGAGAGCGCCCUGCGCGCCUUCGAGAGCUACCAGGCUUGUAAGGAUGCUGUGACGUCAAAACCAGUCAUCCAGUUUCAAGGAAGCCAAGGGCACAUCGCCAUCCCGAGGCCCGAUCGACCGGCAGAAGUGAGGACCUUCACCUUUUAUCUCUCCAAUAUUGGCAAGGACAGCCCCCAGGGGAGCUUUGACUGCAUCCAGCAGUAUGUAUCCAGCAAUGGCAAUAUCCAUUUGGAUUGCCUGGGAAGCAUACAGGAUAAAAUCACCGUGUGUGCUACUGAUGAUUCCUACCAGAAGGCGAGGCAGAGCAUGGCACAGGCAGAGGAGGAGACUCGCAGCCGGAGCGCCAUAGUCAUUAAACCUGGGGGGAGAUAUGUAGGCAAAAAGGUUCAGGUGCGUAAACCUGCACCAGGAGCUUCCGAUGCUGUUCCCUCCAGGAAGCGCCCAACGCCAGUCAACCUUGCCAGUGCAAUAAAGAGAGGCAAUAGUGCGAUUUCCCAGAGACCCUUCAAAGAUAGGGUUGUGCACUUACUGGCACUAAAGCCUUAUAAGAAACCUGAACUUAUUCUCAGAUUGCAGAAGGAUGGACUUUCUCAGCAGGACAAGGAUUUGCUGGAUAACCUUCUGCAACAGGUGGCAAAUCUGAGUGCCAAGGACAGCACUUUCACACUGAAAGAUUGUGUAUACAAAGAAGUGCAGAAGGACUGGCCUGGCUACUCAGAAGGAGAUCAGCAGUUGUUGAAGAGGAUCCUCGUUAGGAAGCUGUGCCAGCCCCAGAACAGCAGCGGCGCUUUCCAGGGAGAAGCUCCUUCCCUGAGCCCUCCGAAGGACACCCUCAACUCCAGCUCUCCCCCUCAGAAACGAUCCCAACCUCUGGAGUUCAUCGACCCUCUAGCCAACAAAAAGCCCAGGAUCUCACAUUUGGCUCACAGAACCCAACCCACUCUCAACGGGAAGCUGAAUUCCUCCAACGGGAAGGACACCCCGGCCCCCGCUGCCCUGCCCCCGGCUCUGCCGGAGCCGGUGAGCUCCAGCUCCUCCCUGCCGGCCCUGGAGCUGCCCAGACCCCACGAUCCCCUCUCGGAUGUCAGCAACGACCUGACUCACAACGGCAGAGACUGUGAGAGCACGGAGCCUCCCGACAGACUGAGUCACCCCCUGCCCACAGACUGUGCCCAGAGCAGCAAACACAACUGCGGCUCCUACGUCAAAUCCAAGAAAAAAUCCAAAAAGCACAAAGACAAGGAGAAGGAGAGGAAGGAGAAGAAGAGCGAGGAGAAGUGCAAAGAGGAGAAGCAGAACUGUGAAGUAAUAAAAAAUGCUGAUUUAGUUAGUGUUGCCCAGGAGCAGGUGGCAGGUUUAAAUGGAACAUGCAAUAAUUCUAGUGUACCAACAUCAACUUCAGAAAUGCCAGAUUAUUUAUUAAAAUACGCAGCCAUUUCCUCCUCUGAGCAGCGUCAGAGCUACAAAAACGAUUUCAACGCGGAAUACAACGAGUACAGGGACUUGCACGCCCGGAUAGAGCGGAUAACCCGACGGUUCACCCAGCUGGACGCCAAGCUGAAGCAACUUUUGCAAGGCUCUGAGGAGUACAAGACCAUCCACGAUCAAAUUUUACAGGAAUAUCGGAAAAUUAAAAAGACAAACCCCAAUUACAGCCAAGAGAAGAACCGCUGCGAAUACCUCCACAACAAACUGGCCCACAUCAAAAAACUGAUAGCAGAGUAUGACCAGCAGCAGUUUUAGCUGCCACUCACCCCUGGACUGGGUAGGGCAAACCAAAAUCCAGUCACCCUGGACGUUUAAGUUCCCUUUUGUACACCCAAAAUCCCUUUCAGAGACGAGCAUUAAUUCCUCGUGGUUGAAGAACUUGGGGAUGACUUUAAGAUGCCAGAUCUGUCAUGUCCACGUCCAGCACGCUCCUCCCGAGUUUUUAAGCCUCUCUGAAUGUUGGAAUGUAACAAAAUGGAUAACAAAAAAAAAAAAAAAAAAAAAAAAAAUAC